CUGAUUUCUGAAAAUAAGUUAAGUAGGAUUAAAUUGGGUAUCCCAAAGUAUUCUUUUUUCUCCAAAGUCGCCUUAGGCAAUUGGUGAGUAGCUUCUUAGAUAGUCUUAUCUUAUGUAAUAAAGAGACAAAAAAACAAAGUCGUUGGCACAUUGCAAUUUUCCAGACAGCAGUUACCUGAUUCUUUCCUUCCAAUCCUCUCUCUCUCUCUCUCUCUCUCUCUCUGCAACGUAACACACUCAUCAUCUCAUCCAUGGCCAUGGAUGCUUUAAUCUUGUGCUCUCUCCUUGUAUUGAGUCUGACAACAGCUUCUUCAACCUCCUGCAAAGCAACCAAAUGCAGCCUUCUCUCUCCCGAAAUCCGACCCCCCUUCCGAAUCGUGGGGUCUCCAUGCGGCCUCUCUGAAUUCACUCUCUCCUGCGACCUUCAUAACCAAACCACCAUCCGUUUUGACGGCACCGGAGAUCUGGUCGUGAAGGCCAUCUCAUACCACUCCCGCCGCCUCACCCUCGCCGACCCCAACAACUGCGUUCAUCAAGUUUUCUUCAAUCUCGAUCUCUCUCUCACCCCCUUCACCUACUACCAUUCUCUGCAUCGCUACACCUAUCUCAACUGCUCCUCCAAACUCCUCGGAGGAAUUGAGGAGGAGGUUCCAUGUUUAAGCGGCGCUAACCAUCACGUCUACGUUGUGGAGCCGUCUUUCCCGCUGCCGCCUUCUUGCAGCGCCGUCAAAACUGUCGCCAUACCCUUCUCUUACAGCCGUUAUCUCUCUGACGGCAGCUUUGGCCUUGGUUUGACGUGGUCUCCCACUCGGGAGUAUUAUAACUACACAGUAGUAAGCGUAAUGGCGGUGGUGUUGAUUGUUGGGAUGGUGUUGUAUGCAAAAUAUGGUGGCCAACUUAAUCAACAAAAGGGAGAGGAGACGUUGGGAGAAUAUGAAGCUCUCAAGGUUGUGAUUUGAGUUACAUAAUUUAAUUUUGGUACUUUUCUAAUUUAAUGUUUUUUGAGUAGUUUUGAAGACUGGAAUUGGUCGUUUGGGUGUGUCAAUCUAGUAAGGGUUGUUAGGAUGAUGACAUUAGUUGAUGUAGUCAAUCACAUGUAUAUGCAUUAUUUUUGGGGAGUGUAUAUCUUUAAUAGUACUUAUAAAAAUAUUAUCCAAAA